AUGCCACCCAGGAAGAGACGCCCUCUCACCGUUCUUGACAGCAGCGACCGCGAGGAUGCUGCGCCCCCGACGGAGCCAAAGCCGGCAAAGAAGCGGAAGGCGAGUACGAGAAAAUCCGCCGACCCACAGGACAACGAAAUCCCGCCGCCCAAGAAACCCAGAGCGAGGCCGCGGAAGAGGGCCGUCUCUGAAGACGCCGGCGAACCCUCAGCUAAGAAGCCGAAACGACAGGCCCGCACGUGCCAUGAUGAGGAUGAGGAAGAGGACUCACUGGAGAAACCGGCCAAAAAGCAAAAGAACAGAGCCUACGCCCCCGCUGAGGGAGAGUUGGAAGAAAUCUUCCUGUCGCAGCUGCCGCAGGACGGUUCCAGUCCUCCCUGGAGAAUUCGAGGCCCCAUCUGGCAAAAGCAAAAAGAUGAAAAACCACCCCCGAAACCUCCUGUCUUCUACAAACCUCCGCCACCUCCGCCUCCGCCUGCGCAGCCAACUGCUCGAGCUGACACCAUCUUUCGUCCCGGCACCACCCCUUAUGCGCAGCAGCGACUUCAGAACCCAAAGCAACAUGGCAUGCAACCCGUGAAACCCCCACGUGACGCGACGAAGGCUCUUCAACCAAGUCCUAAACGUCCUGGACCAUUCCACAGCUCGCCUUUUAGCUCCCCUAGAUCCCCUCGGAUCCAAUCACCUCCCAGAAGCCCUUCAACAAUCCCACCGGGUUCGCCUAUGCGAAAGCCUCCUAAGACUGCGCGCGAGGUAGCUUGUAACCCUAGUUAUGAAGGGGUACAGGCACCACUUCCGUCUCGGCCUGUCGUACCAAACUUUGGAGCAGACAUGGAGCUGGAUCCAGCUGAUUUCUCAAGUUCACCACCAAGCUCACCACCAAGCGCUCUAAUCCCGACAACUGACUCAAAUCACGGUGCAAACACCGCUGCCGCCCGUACUGGGCUUGCGCAGCGUCCAGUCAUAGAUGACAGUGAUCCGCCUGUCCCCUCGAUUGAUGCAGCAGAUGUGGAGGACUUCUUCAGCCCUGCACCAAGCCCAGCAAGACCCAAUGCAGUCCCGGUGGCUCGGCCAAUGGACUCGGCCGCCCCAGAGCGUGACGAGUUCGAUGAUGAAGACCUCGAUGAUAUCGACGAAUCUAUACUUCAGCGUCUGGUGUCGCAGGGACCUCCUGCGGCCAGUAAACUCACGACGCAUUCCGUUCAAACCUUGAACGGUACUGUCGAUGAAAUUGACAAGGAGCUUCUCGGCCUUCCUUCUGAUGCAUUCUCGUUGUCAUCAAUGACCUCCCCAGAGUUCCAGCGAGUGGGAAAGGCUCAAGAUCAAGCUAUCAUGAUCUCGUCGCAAGAUAAUCAGGCACCCGCUGGGCCACAACGGCUUGCUGCUCCCCUCAACGGUUUAAGGCAGACGACUCUAUUUGGUCGUUCUAGUGCUAUUCCUACGUCACAAGUUAACAAGCGCCAGAAUUGGCCCGCGGCCAACAAGGACGAGCCACCGACUCAUCACAAAAUAGACCUGGAAGCUAUGAAGACGUGGGUGUACCCUACGAACCUUGGCGGUAUUCGAGACUAUCAAUUCAACAUCGUCCACCGCGGAUUGUAUCACAAUCUUCUCGUUGCGCUGCCCACCGGUCUGGGAAAGACGUUCAUCGCGGCUACGAUUAUGCUAAAUUUUUUGCGCUGGACCACUGAGGCACAGGUUGUUUUCGUCGCUCCGACAAAGCCUCUGGUAGCCCAGCAGAUUGAUGCAUGCCUAGGAAUUGCGGGUAUCCGCCGUUCGCAGACCACUAUGCUGACGGGUGAAGUCGAUCCUGGCCUUCGAGCAGAGGAGUGGAAGACCAAAAGAGUCUUCUUCAUGACUCCGCAGACCAUGAUCAACGACUUGAAGACAGGAUAUUGUGAUGCGAAGAAGAUCGCUCUGCUCGUUGUGGACGAGGCACACAAAGCAACAGGCUCUUACGCAUAUGUCGAGAUUGUGAAGUUUGUUCGACGGUUCAACCAAAGCUUCCGAGUUCUCGCUUUGACGGCAACUCCCGGCGCCGACGUUGAGACGGUCCAAAAAGUCAUUGACGCGCUGGAGAUCUCGCGUGUUGAGAUCAGGAUGGAGAAUUCCAUCGACAUCCAACCAUUCAUACACAAGCGCGAAGUCGAGAAGAAAGUCCUGAGAGACAACAAAGACUUACUCGUGGCCAAGGAUCUCCUGUCAAGGGCUAUACAACCCGUGCAGGACAAGCUGAAUCAGCAAAAUGCGUACUGGUCCAAAGAUCCGAUGAACAUCAGCCAAUACGGGCUCAACCAAGCAAGAGCCAGCUGGAUGAAGUCAGAUUCUUUUCGGAAAGCGUCACAGCCCAUCAAAGGCAUGGUCAACUCCAUAUUCCAGGCUCUCAUGGGCUUGGGUCGUGGAAUCGAUGUGCUGAAGUUUCACGGCCUUCGUCCAUUCUACCGCAUCCUUUGCGAUUACAAAACUGACGCGACGAGUAAAUGGAAGAAGGAGAUCACGAACAGCCCGAGUUUUGAGAAGCUUAUGAAGCUACUCAGAGAUUGGACCGCGAAGCCUGACUACAUCGGGCAUCCGAAGCUCGAGCACCUUCGCGAACAUGUGCUCAACCAUUUCUUGGAUGCAGGAGAGGGCGCUGACGGGUCGCAUACCAAAGUCAUGGUCUUCGCACAUUGGAGAGAUAGCGCAGAGGACAUCGUUCGGGUGCUCAAAUUGAAUGAGCCCAUGAUCCGGCCUCAUGUUUUCGUAGGGCAAGCGACCACCAAAACUUCCCAAGCCAUGGACCAACGGCGUCAAGAAGAGGUUGUGAGACAAUUCAAGGCGGGUGUUUACAACACGCUCGUAGCAACGUCGAUCGGAGAGGAAGGCUUGGACAUCGGAGAGGUUGACCUCAUUGUCUGCUACGACCAAAAAGCCUCGCCGAUCCGCAUGUUGCAACGAAUGGGCCGUACCGGUCGAAAGCGCAAAGGAAAAAUCUUGUUGCUGCAGAUGACGGGGAAAGAAGAGAACGAUGCACUCAAAGCCAAGGACGCGUACGAAAAGAUGCAAGAGAAGAUAUCCAAGGGCGACGAAUUCAACUUCCACACCGGCCUGGCCAGAAGGAUCGUGCCGAGGGACAUCAACCCUGUCGUGGACAUGAAGCACAUAGAGAUUCCCAUUGAGAACUCACAGCUCGAUUUGCCCAUGCCCCGGGCAGGGAAGGGUAGGAAGACCAAGCGGCCGGCGAAGAAGUUUCAGAUGCCGGACGGUGUGAUCACAGGGUUCGUCUCCGCGGCUGGUCUGAACGGUGGGUCCGACGAUGGAGGCAAGCCUCGGGCGACGAAAAGGGGGAAGAAAGCGCCAGUCAUGGAGGCCGUGGAGCCUCCGGUUCCGGCAGAGGAAAUAUUCCUCAAUAGCCAUGAGGAGAGGCAGCUUCAGAGAUGGUACCAGAACAUCGACGACGCAGACGACGACAGAGAAAUCGCGCCGCCGGCAUUGACCUUACAUCCAGAGCGACAGCGACGGAAGGGGCGGACGAAAUAUAUCCCAACACACAGUCGAGCCACCAUGAACCUUAUCAAGACGGCCAAUCGAAUGCACGCCAUGGAUCAAGGUGGAGCCAGCGAACUCGAGAAGAGAUUCAGAGACAGUUUGCACAUGUCGGAUAUCGAGGAGGGCCCGUCAGCAGACGAGGUUUCGGAGGAGGAGGAAAUGGGGAGUAGUGAUGACGAGAUGGGGCAUCACAUGGGGAUCACACCAAAGCAAUCAAACAGGCGAAUCGCGGACGAGGUCGGAGAGGGCGAGAGCAGCAGCCCACCGCCAACGGAUCCCCGAAUGCGGGUCAGGUCGCAGGCCAUCGACCUCGGCACGCAAGACACGGAAGGCGAAGACGAAAUGGAGAACGAACAGCUCGACUCGGAGCUGGCCGAGUUCAUCGCCGACGAUGCUGAGCCGGUUGAGAUGUUCAGCUCUUCGCUGCCCUCUAUCAGAGCGAGCAGAAAACGCACGAAACUGUUCACGUCCUCUCAAAGAGGGCCGGAGGACUCGGAGUCGGACGACGAGCUGCCUGAUAUCGGCCAGUUGAUUGGGAAGCGGCAAACGAGCCCGACGGACAGCGAUGUAAACGAUGCUGUGGUCAUGGAUAGCGAGGACGAGGACGAGGAGGAUGAGGGAGCCGAGCCGGUAGUGCGUCUAGGCGGGAAAAGAAGAAGAGUGGUAGACGACAGCGAAAGCGAUUGA